AUGGCCACCUUGUACUUGUCACCUCCUGCAGGGAAACCGGUCAGCCUGAGCUACAGAUGUCCUUGCCGAUUCUUCGAGAGCCACGUUGCAAGAGCCAACGUCAAGCAUCUCAAAAUCCUCAACACUCCAAACUGUGCCCUUCAGAUCGUGGCCAAGCUGAAGAGCAACAACCGCCAAGUGUGCAUUGACCCGAAACUGAAGUGGAUUCAGGAAUACCUGGAUAAAGCUUUAAACAAGAGGCUCAAGAUGUGAGAGGCGCAGGCUGGGUCAGCCGCCUGAGGAAGCCUUACUGUGGGAGGCCGGGCUGAAGCCAGUGUUAGGAGGGGCCCCAGAGGUCUCCUUGCGCAGCCCGGGCAGGGCCGGAUGUGCUUCCCAGGGCUUUGUUUUGCACAAUUUGCCUUAUUUUCACCAUUUGAUUAUGUAGCAAAAUAUAUUCUUCCUUUUUUUCAUGUAGCCUGAUUAUCCAAUGUCACUGGUGACAAAUAGGAACUUAGACUAAAACCAUUAUUUUACUUGCUUUGUUAUAAUAUGCUCACCAUGGAGCCCCUGGUCUGACCGGGGUUCUUGAGUGUUAUAUUUUUCUGAGCUGCACAGGCUGGCUCCCCAGGCUCAGGCAGCCUCCCCCACACAGCCCUGUCCUGAGGUGGGAGUCACCAGAAGGGGUCAGGAGCCAGCAGCGCAGGCAGACCCCCUGAAGCUGGCCCUAGGCAGCAGGGUGGGGGGCCAGGUCCCGGGGGGGCCAGGCAGCGGGCUUCCCUGAGCCGGGGCAGCAGGCGGGAGGCCAGGGCAGGGCCUCAUCCCGUGCUCUCCUCUGCAUCUCAUCAUGUUCUCCUCACAUCCUCUCUCUCAUCCAUCACCAUGUGCAUCUGAGACUGUCUCCAUGACCCCGGGAAAGGACUCUCUCAAGACUAAAGCUUUCAUUUUAACUGGGCACCAAGAAGCAAACCAAAAUGUGCUGUGCUUCAGGCCCUGGAAACACUGUGCGCAGCGUGUCUGGUCUGGAAUACUGUCUCUUGUCUGAUCCUGUUUCUCGUUCCAAGUCAAUGUCCUUGGUGCUGCCUUGUAAGUCCCUCGUGUGCAGAGGCUGAGCGAGCAGCUGUCCUUGGGCCUUCGGCCUGGCCCCUGAUCAGGGCUGUGGCAAUUUGGGGUGGUUGACCAUGUUUUCUCCACUGAUCACAAAGCCCAGGUGGAUCAGCAGAGCCCAAGGGAAUUCAGUUUGCAGUAUGGACCUCUGGGGACACUGACCCUCAGCCUUUCCAUAGAUGUUGAUAUCAGAACUAUAGACAGUUUUGUCUUUACUGUUCAAGCCCAGCAAAACCAAGAAAAGAAUUCUUAACUUUUUUUGGUUUUGAAAACCCAAUCUCUAAAAUAGUUAAUCCUGGGUAUUUUUUUUUCCUUAUUAAAACCUAACCUCAUCUUCUCACUGUUUGGCAAUCCCAUCCCCUCUCACCUGCACGGUGACCUGGGCCUCUUCUGCUGCUGUUCCCUGCGUGCCCAGGAUGUCCGGCCCGGCCUUCCUCCAAGACAGGGACGGGACACAUGGGAGAGCUGGUUAAGAGCCCUGAUGUCUGGGAUGUUUCCCUUUACUGAGAGCAGUUUGUAGAGUUAGUUACAGUAGACAAUUUAAAAUUUCACUUUUUAGAAAGGCAGGCACUGAGGGGCUUUUGCUUGUUUUGUUUUGUAUUCAGUCUCACUAAUACUUUUCCCCUUUGAUUAAAGAUCCAAGAAAGGUUUUAAAAUUAGGAAAGUGGAAAAAGGGAAGGGCAGAACAAGGGAAGGUAUCAAUUGACAGGCCACUGCAAGCAACACGCAGAAAGUACGUUACAGUGAAAUGACCUCGAAUUCUAGGUGUUUGCAGAUUUAAUAAUCUUUGGGUUACCAGGAGCAUGAGUUAGGCAUUUCCGUAAGUAGUUCUUAAAAGUGAGUCUUCAUGGUAGAAAGCCAUUCUGUCAGCCAACCAAGUAGUCACAUCCUCUAACCAGAUGUGUUAUAUUGAAAACAUAGGAGGGGGGACCUUUAUUAGUUAUAAGGGAUACAGAACUAGUUUCAAUACCUUCUUUGAAAAUUAACCUGUCGCUGCAGGGCCGCUGAAUUAUACAUGAAAUUAUUUAACUUUCAGUGGGCGAGUCAUUUUCCAGGUAAUCCAAGAUAUUUGAAAAUCUCAUGGAGAAUUUGGAAACAUCUUCCUCUGCGAUCCAUGAACCAGAGCCACUGAAUCUCUGACUCCAAGGAAAUAAACAUGCCCCUAAAUCUUGACUACAGUUAAAUAUAAAAUUAUUUUUGUUUCUCUCCAUAGGAGAAAAAAAUAGGUAAGGGUAGAAACUGCAGGAAAAAUUAUUUGUGUAACAAUUUCUCUACCUGCAAUGUGCUCCUAAAAGGAAGCUUCCCAGCUAAAGCAGAUAUGCACUUAAAUAGUUCAUUUGCAAAGGAAAAGGCUCUUCCUGUUGCUUUCAAAAUACAAGUCAAAUGAGUCAGGUGAUAAGGGUCACCCAGCCGUUCCUCCUGGUCCAGGGCUGCUUAUCCUCUACCUGACCUUCCCUUGGGCUCAGCGUCACCCCAGGGCAGUCCUUCGCUGCCAGCCUUUGCAUCACGCUGGGGUGGGCUGGGGGGACUGGGGCUCACAGGUGUGCUGUGUGUUGUUUGUAUUGUUCUUUGUCCUGCUCUGGCCAGAUGCCAAGACCCCAGCGAGGAAGCUCAGGAGGACCCCCUGCUUGUCCGAGCAGAGGGCCUGCAUAGCAAAAGGCCGCAGCAGCCCCUGUGCGAGUCCAGAGGGAGAUGGGAUUGCACCUUUCUUUCCCGAGUCCUGCCUGGUGUGACAGCCAUGGGCUCCCUCACUGGGACUUCAUUACCCUUCUCAGGGAUGUGCCCUUCUGCAGCUGGAUGAGAACUGCAAGGUCCUAGUCCCCUUACACAUCUCCCCUGACCCAUUCUGAGGGAACCCCAUCCUUGGGGAUCACCCCAGGAGCAUCCAUGUCCUUUCAGCACACCACUGACGUACCCAAGUUGAACACCCCACAGGAAACUUGUUAUUCCCCAACCUCGCUGGACUCUCGGCCUCUGAGCAGUGACAGUUCAGUGUUCAAUGUGAUAAAUACUGUAUUUCCUGUUGUGCAAAUUGCAUCUCCCAGAUAAUGUGAAACGGUCCAGGAGAAGGCAGCUUCCUGUAUGCAGUGUGCUUUUUUAAUAAGUAACAAUUCCUUUUGAGAAACAAUUUCUACUUUCAUAUCAAUGAAAAGAUGUACUGUAUAUGCACUUACAAUUGUUCUAAUAAAGACAUGUAUUCAAAUGUA